AUGGCAAACGCAUCCCACGCAGAGGCAUACCAAAGCUUAAGUGCUUUGUGGGAUUUCUCAGAUGAGGACCAAAAGCUAUGGUGGCAUAGCACCGCUCCUAUGUUCGCCCACAUGCUACAAUCCGCAAAUUACAACCAGCGAAGCCAGAGCCGCCACCUUGAGAUUUACAAGAAAGCGAUCGUUCCUAUGCUUGGUGCCUACCCUAUGGAUGACUGUCCCCGCUGGAUGAGUAUUCUCACACGAUACGGCACCCCGUUUGAGCUGAGCCUUAAUUGCUCAAACAAUGUCGUCAGUUACACCUACGAGCCCAUUUCCAAGACGACGGGGACUUCACAAGACCCAUUCAAUACGAAUGCAAUCUGGGAGGCCUUGCAGCACCUGAUGGCUGCUCAGAAGGGUAUUGAUCUUGAGUGGUUCGGCCAUUUCAAGAAAGCUCUUACCUUGGACUCGGACGAAUCGGCUUUCCUUCUGGGGAGGAAUAUGGUUGGGGAUCAGAUCAAGACCCAAAACAAACUUUCCCUCGAGCUCGGACAAGAUGAAUUUACUCUCAAGGCCUACAUGUAUCCCGCUUUGAAAUCCCUCGUGACGAAAAAGUCAACCCACGACCUGAUCUUUGAGGCUGCUCACGACUUGGCCCAAUCCUAUCCCAGAAUAUCAACACCCUUGAAGGUUCUGGAGGAGUACCUGAAGUCUCGGGCCCCAAACAGUACUGUCAAGCCUCGGCUUUUAUCUUGUGAUUUGGUGGAACCCUCGAAAUCGCGCAUCAAGAUUUAUCUUUUGGAAGAUAUGGUCACGCUCACCACGCUGGAAGAUUUAUGGACGCUAGGAGGCCGACGAAAUGACCAAUCCACAAAAGAGGGAUUCUCAGUUUUGCGUGACCUCUGGAACCUGAUCAAUCUAACCGCUCAGUUCUGCUCUUAUCCAGUAGGAUAUCUAUCUCUCAAUGACCCUGUCAACGAGCAGCUCCCGCUUAUGGCCGAUUUUACACUUCACGCAGAAGAUCCCAUUCCCGAGCCGCGAAUUUACUUUCAGACAUUUGGAAGUCGGGACAAAAAGUUAACAAAGGGAUUGACGACCUUUUUCCAGAAGCAAGGCUGGACUAAGAUUGCGCAAUCCUAUGAAACCGAUCUACGUUCUUGGUAUCCAAUGGCCAACCUGAAGCGUCUUAACAAGAUUCAUACUUUGGUUUCGUUUUCCUACCGCAACAACAGCCCUUCCGUGAGCGUUUAUCUGCAGUCAUUCGAGACUGGCGAGUGGGAGAUGUCUAAGUUUUCAAGCACUCCUAACCUUUAG